CAAUGUUCCUUCUGGGCAGAGGAGAGGAAGUAAAAGCGAUGUCCGUGAUGCAAAGCUUUGGAGGUCCCGGAGCUGUUUGGACCUCGAUCCGUACAGUUUUUAGCAGGCAGAAAUACCUGGAAACUCAGUAAUUGAUCUGCAGUCAUGGAAAGCAAGGGACCUUAUCGAAUCUAUGACCCUGGUGGGGGAACACAGGAAAAGGCAUCUGCUGCCUUCGAACAGCUAGUGGAAGAAAAUGCAAAACUUAAGGAGAAUAUGCAGGGGAUUAAAUCUCUAGGUAACGGAGAGUUAUUAGAAGAGUCCCAGUUAGAAGCGUCCAGAUUACGUCAAAAAGUGGAAGACCUUGUGAAGGACAACGAAAUGCUAAGAUCAGCCUCUUCUUUUGAAAAAUUUGAAGAAAUAGCAGGUGAGAUUCCAGAACUUUGCUCGUCCUCCGAUAUUCCAGUGGAGGGUGAGAAGACCCAAGAAAAAGCAGCACAAAAGCCAUCUUCCAAUGGAUCCUCAUCUGAAUUUGAAAUUGUUGGCAAUGAAGAUAAGAGGUCCUCUCAAGAGAGUAGUAGGAAAUCUGACGUAGAGCCACUUCUGAACGAGGACACCAACCUUAUGCUCCACCUUCAGCGCUUUGAGAAUACACUCAGUCUUUUCGCUGAGGAGUCUGACAAAACCCAGCUUUUCGCCCAUCUGGGGCGCAUGGCUCUCGAGUUUAACCGCCUGGCCUCCAAAGUGCACAAGAAUGAGCAGAGGACAUCCAUUCUUCAGGUUCGAAGGCUGCUGACAUUGUGUGAACAGUUGCGGAAUGAAAAUGAGGAGCUGAGGACAAAGUUGGAAAGGGAACUAGAGCAAAGGAACGAGAUAUCUGAGAAACUAAGGAGUGAGAAUCUGGAACUCAGAAAAAUGGUGAUAACGGGAAGUAAGGAAAGCGUGAAAGCAGAAAAUAUAGAAUAUGCCAGCCAGCAACAGAAGGGAGCCACAGAGGAGCAAGCAGCAGGGAAGAGCUUGGUGGGAGCAAGUGAGAAGAAAGUGAAGAUACUCGAACAUCAACGCAAUGAGCUAUUGGAGGUGAAUAAACAAUGGGACCACCAUUUCCGGUCCAUGAAGCAGCAGUAUGAGCAGAAGAUAACAGAGUUACGACAGAAAUUUGCUGACUCCCAAAAGGCGCUAGCCGAGUUGGAGGCAGAGCGGGAGCAGAAACAGAGGGAUUUUGACCGCAAGCUUCUCUUGGCAAAAUCCAAAAUUGAAGAAGAAGAGGCAGAAAAAGAGAGACUCAGUGGGGAGGUGAAAGAGCUCAAGCACAAGGUGAAGUUUCUUCAGGAUCAGUUGGCGCCAGUCACAAGGCAAAGAGAGUACCAGGAGAAGGAGAUUCUCCGACUAAAUAAGGCCCUAGAAGAGAUUCUGAACUUCCAAGCACCUCCUCAUUCCUCCUCAGCCUUGAAAAACCCUACUGAUCCUAGCUCAGGUCUCCGGCACCAGGAAGUGGUGACCCAGAACGAGCUUCUGAAACAACAAGUGAAGAUUUUUGAGGAGGAUUUCCAGCGGGAGCGGAGUGACAGGGAAAGGAUGAAUGAAGAAAAAGAGGAGCUGAAGAAGCAGCUAGAAAAACUUCAAAAGCAGCUGACCCUGACUAAUAAUCAGCUGCGAAUCGUUAAAGGGGACUGCCAUAAGGAGAAGGAAGAAAAGGAUAAGUUUAAGAAACUGCUUAAACAGCACAAACAGCAUUCUGGUGACAGAUUGCAUCCUGAGCCGCAGCCAGGACAAAUCACCCCAGUCUGCCCCAUGUACCAGUUUCAAUGCUCUCCUCCAGUCCCACCACCCGGUUAUCGUGGUUUUGAGGAGUGGCAGAUCCGGUACCCACCACCAGCGAUGGCAAAUGAGCAUCCUCCAGUUCAGAAUUAUCAUCGUGUCCAACCUCCAGAUUAUACGUGGUUUCCGGCAUGUGUUAUAGCACACAAUCAGAACACACAAGGAGGGGAUGGUGUGAAACAGUUUACCAAGGAAUCUGACCCUACAGGUCUCGGCUUAACUAAAGCUCAAAGACCCGUUUAACUUUGUGGUGAUACGUGUAAGAUGCAGAAGCAAAACAGCAUCAUGUGUUAAUCCAUCUCAACGCCUUUCCUUCUGGACAUUGGUCGCCUUUAUUUGCUUAUUAAAAAAAGAUCCAUGGCACUUGGAUACUUGGGGAUAAUAAGCAGGAUUUUCUGAAACUGAACGGCUACCAAGAAGCAACCGUGACCUAGAGUUUUUUGGGAAAUCUCUCUUUUUGAAAUCGCCAGGUCUUGUUUACUCUCGGCAUUUGAUGCUCCUGCAUUUAAGGAUUCAGCUGUAACCAUUGAGGCCCAGCAGUGAAGACUAGGAAUUCUGGAUUGACAGGACCUAUGUUGAGCUGAUUCUCUUACAGUCGGGCAGCUGUAUAUCUAGGAUGUGGCAGUUUUGCAUUUGUUGGCUGUGGAAGCAUGCUUUGGGCCUGUACAAAUUUGGGAUUCAGUGUUCACCCAAGGACAGAGGAAAACAAAAAAUCUUCCUGUGUUUGUCUAAAUAAUGUAUAGGAAUAAGAAUGAAAGAUACUUUUCCUACAUUGAAUGAAUUAUAUAUCUAUAUAUAUAACAGUCACAUGCACAUUAAAACUUGCAGUUGUCAAUAAAUAUUUUUGCCCCACUGAAUGUUAAUUUGAGUUGAAAACUGUUUAAUACUGCUUUAAUUACCCUUCUACCUACCCCUAAAAUAUGGCAGCCUUUUUUGCUCCGUCUUAAUUGGAAUAAUAUACCAGUUUAUCAUUGCAUGCAUGUUGCUUAAUAGAAUUAUAUAUGUUUAUUUAACCUGCUCAGUGGAAAAUGGCUUCAGAUUUCACUUCCUUGGUUCUGUUUCGUCCCAUUCCUAGUUACUAUUGAACCAGACUGGUGGACUAGAUAGAUUUGUUCCCUGAUCUAACAAUUCAGUUCUAAUUUCCUUUUGUUAGUGAAAGGUUAUCUUUGGCCUUCCCAUGAUUUAAGUGGGAGGCAGGUAUGAAGAAUGGUCUUUUUUCCCCCCAGAUUACUGAUCUCUUCGAGCAAUCAUACAAAAUGCUGAACCAGUCAAGCAUUUUUCAAAAUGUGUAGCACUAGAAGUGACAUAAAUUGCUUGUUACAAUUACAUGCUGCUCUCAUACAUGGAAUAUAUAUGCUCAUUCGAAAACAGAAUUCAUGUUCACCAGUAAGCACAUAAUUGAGAAAUAAUUGAGUGUUUUCUUUUUCUUUAUGAAAUAAAGAAAAGGAAAAUUAAUUUCAGAAUGUUCACGGUGCAAAGAAAAUGCAGUGUUUGAAGAAUCUGUAAAAACCUCUUUAAAUAAAAACAUUUUCACUGAGUUUA